AGGGUGGGAGGGGACAUGGGGCCACGGGCCUCUGUUCUUCAAGGCUCUGUUCUUCAAGGGGCCUUUAAGAGGUGAUUAGACCCUCUGGAUCUGUCGGUUCUGGCACUUGCUCUGUAAUUCAGUGACCUCUCCAGCAUCCUUCAAAUAUGCCUCUUUCCAUGGGAACAGAUUUUCUUGGCUUUUGGCCACUGGCCCUUAAGUCCUGAUUAGUAUCUACCCCUUGAGUCCUCAGGGUGCUCAGGACAGAGGAAGUCACCAGAACAGGCAAUAAGAAAGAGUGGAGAGGAUCUCUGUUACCUUAAGACCCAAGUGAGCCUCCUCCCUGCUUCCCAGUCACAGACUCUGGACUGAAACCCUGCCCUGCCCCCCACGCCCCCCAGGCAAGAUGCCAGCUCCCUUCCUGGUCCUGAUGUCACAGGUCCCUGGACAUGACCUCCCCACCAGGGCAGGACCCCAGCUCCCUUCCUGGUUGUGAUGUCACAGGUCCUGACAUUCCACAGUGUCCUGGAGACCAAGGAUGGGAAACUGUCAACCUCCAGAACGUCCUUCUCCUUCAGCUGGAGGGAGCAUGGCAGUGAGCCAAGGAGACGGGACCCUCUGCUUUGUCCUCCUGCUGUGCUGUUGGCAAGAAACUGAGCUCCGGCCGAGAACCGUGAUUCCAGGUUCACCUACUGAAAUCCCAUUCAGUUCAAAACAUGAGGAUAUGUCUGAAUUAUUAGAUGAAAUUCUAGUCCAGGAGAUUUUGGAUCUGAAUAAAACAGCACCGACCGAAAUGCCAAGUACAGCAACAACAUUAUCAACACCAAUACAUGCUGGUAUUGAUGAGAAUUAUCAAGCUGGUGGUUCUGAGAAUUAUCAUGAAUUAUUAGAGAAUUUACAAUUCUCUCCUGGCAUUGAGGACAAAAUUUCCAAUGAUGAAGCCAGUGCUAAUGCAAAUCUCCAUGGCGAUCCUUCUGAGAAUUAUCGUGGGCCACAGGUGUCUCCUGGCAGUGAGAAGAGUGUUUCCAGUAAAGAAAAGAAUUCAAAGAACACUCAGUAUGAAAAUCUAUCCAUUCUGGACAAAAUCCUUCAAAAUAUUGGAAGAUCUUCAGGAAACAUUUUCCAUAAAGAGCAGCAGAGGACCAGUGCACAGAGGAGGAGCCAAGGCAGUCAAUGAGGCUGCAGCCCCGGAGCCCCUGCGCAGGAGACGAGCCUGCUAGAACCCCCACCCACCAGCCUCCGGAACAGGGCACUUGUGUGCGCAUGCCCACGUUCUCUGAACCAUUCCGCAUAAAGGAAAAUCGUUUAUUCACACAA